UCUAGGCUAUUUGAUUAUUGAAAGAAGCCUCUGUUGCCUUUGUCUUUUCACUUCACUUCUCUUUCUUUCUCUUUUUUUCUUUCUUUUGUUUUCCUGGUCUUGCAUGCAACACAUUACUAUUUUCACGUCUUUUUUAUAAACCCAAUUCUCACGGAAAAAAAAAAACACAAAACAUAAAAAACAAAAAAAAAACAAAAAACACAAAAAAGCUUCUUUGAAUUGACCAGACAAUCAGGGCUUCUAAUUUCUGUUAUGGUUGUUUGCUGUCUUCGAUCUGGUUAAGGACUAAUCGCAACAUGAUACAUCCUGUUUGAAGUGGAGGAGAUUGGAAAAGGAUGCCCUAUUAAAGGGAGGGUUGAUAGACUUGAAGAUUGAUAUAGUGUCCAAUUUUGGAGAUGAUCCCACAAAAAAUGAGGCAUGCAUGCAGAAAGAUGAUGUAAGUCAGCAAGUUCAGCAAGAAGAAGGAUAAAAGCAUGUGUAAUCCGAUUCCUGAUUUUAUACAAGAACGUAUUUUCGACUUCGUAACUGAAAAACUUGUAGUUGCAUGGAAGAAGUAUGCAAGCAAUCCGGUGGAUUAUGUGGUGAACAACAAGAAGAAACUUAAGGAGCUAGAGAAAGCCAUAAAUGAUCUCCAGGAGGAUAGAAACAGGGUAUAUGAAAAAGCCGAGGAGGAUGAAGUGCGAUUCGGGAGAGAAGUAUAUCAUGUUAAGGCAUGGUUGCGUCAGGUUGACAUAGUCGAUGAACAUGACAAGUUGAAACAAGGUAGGCAGAAACACUUUGUGGCGUCCUUCCUAAAUCCAAUUCAAAGGUAUGUCUGGAGCAAAACAGCACAAGAGAUUAAAGGGACGGUUGGAGAGCUACAAAAUGAAAAGUGUGAUAUUAUUAUAUCUUCUUGGCAAGAUCUAUUAUCCAUUGGUGUUGCGACUUCUGAAUUUGAUGAUAUACCUUUAAGAUCAAGAGAAACAACCAAGAAAAAGAUCAAGGAAUCACUGGAAGACCCUAAUGCAAGAUUGAUCGGUGUUUUUGGGGCAACUGGUGUGGGAAAGACCACUUUGGUAAAAAGUGCUACUGCUCUGUUGGAAAAGACGAACAACAAGUUCGAUGUGGUGAUAAUGGUUAAAGUGACAAAAUGUCCUGAUAUAAAAAGGAUACAAGGCCAAAUCGCUGACAUGCUGGGAGUGAAGUUUGAAGGGGAAAGUGAGCAUGCAAGAGCAAUCACCAUACAAGAGAAGCUUAAGAAUGAGAAGGACAACAUCCUUAUCAUCCUAGAUGAUCUAUGUGCAAAAAUAGAUCUAAAUUCAUUGGGGAUUCCAUCACCAACCGAUGAUCUUGGUCCUCUUCUCUUGACAAAAGGUGAAUCUUCUGCUGACAAACAAACUGAUGGAGCAGACAAAGAGAGAGAAACUUCCACACAAGAUAACAGGCAAAGAGCUCACACAAAAACUAUCUCCAAUGGCUAUCGCAAGUUGAAAACAGAAGAGGGUAGCAGGGGGUAUAAGAUUUUGUUGAUUUCUGAUCUGAGACAAGUAUUGACCGAAAUGGAUGUGAAGCUAGAGCUUAUUAUCCAUGUGAAACUCUUAAAUCGUAAGGACGGAGAGACACUGUUCAAGGAGAUGGCUGGAAUAGGAGCCAACAAUUCUGAAAUUGAAACAUUAGCAGCAGAAAUAGCCAACAAGUGUCAAGGUUUGCCGAUGUCAAUAAUUACAACUGCAAGGGCAUUGAAAAAUCAGAGCCACUUAGUUUGGAAGGAUACUCAUCGAGCGAUUCAAAAGCUUGAAGAGGAAAACCAAUUAGCAGCACCCGAGUAUUCUACAAAGUUGAGUUAUAGGCUUCUAGAAAAUGAGGAGCUCAAGCUUACCUUCUUGCUUUGUGCACGUAUGGAUCAUGACGCAUUGGUUGCGGAUUUGGUGAGAUAUUGCAUUGGUUUGGGUUUUCUUCAAGGCGUUUACUCAGUUUGGGAAGCCAGAGACAGAGUACAAAUGUUGCUCGUCAAGUUAAAAGAGUCAGGUUUGUUGUCUAAUAGUUAUUCAAGUGAUCGUUUCACCAUGCAAAAUCUUGUUCGUAAUGCAGCUUUGUCAAUAUCAUCUGAAGAGAAGCAUGUGUUCAUGAUGACCGAAGAGAAACUAGAUGAAUGGCCUGAUGAGGAUCUACUUAAAGAGUACACUGUUAUUUCCUUACAACGUUGUAAUUUCAUUGGGAGAUUUCCUGUGAACAUAUGUUGUCCUAGGCUUAGAGUCUUUCAUAUUGAAAAUAAUGAUCCAUCUUUACAAAUGCCAGAUAAUUUCUUUCAAGAAAUGAGAGAACUUAGGGUGUUGAUUUUGGUUGGGUUCAACCUUCUAUCAUUGCCUUCCUCAAUUAAAUACCUAAAAAAACUAAGAAUGCUUUGUUUUGAGAAAUGCAUUUUAGGUGAAGUUGAGCAAUUAGGUGUCUUGGGAGAAUUAAUUAAUUUAAGAAUACUUAGCUUUUCAGGAUCUGAUGUCAAAGUUUUGCCUAAGGAGCUAAAGCAUUUAUCUGAGCUUCAAAUCUUUGACAUCAGUAACUGUUACAAGCUUAGAGAGUUUCCACAUGAUGUAAUGAAAAGUUUGACUAGGCUUGAGGAGUUGUAUGUGAGAAACACUCGCAUUCAAUGGAAGGCAAUUAAUGACAGUGUUCUAUCUGUGUUGGGUGAUCUGAAUCAAUUAACAAAUCUAGACCUGCAAAUCCCAAGUGUUGAGCAUCUGCCCAAGAAUUUGUUCUUUGACAAGUUGUACAGUUACAAGAUUAUCAUUGGCUCUUUAAAAAGAUAUUUAGAGGCUGAUUUCAAGAUUCCAGAUAAGUAUGACCUGUCAAGAUGUUUGGCAUUAUGCCAAAAAGAUGGCUUUGACAUUCAUUCCCAGGAGGCAAUCAAAAUGUUGUUUGAAAGGGUUGAAAUCUUGUUGCUGCAAAACUUGAACGGUGUCCAAGAUGUUUUUUAUGAGUUGAAUCUAAAAGGAUUUCCUUAUCUUAAACGUUUAUCCAUUGCAAGCAGCAAGAGUGUUCGCUCUCUCAUUUGUAAGCAGAGGCAGCAUUCUGAUCAGGAGGUUUUUCCCAAAUUGGAGUCAUUGUAUCUCUAUAAGCUUAGGAAAAUGGAGCAAAUUUUCUCUGAUCAGCAACUCUCAAAAGAUUCCUUUGGUAACUUGAAAAUGAUCAAGAUCAAACUCUGUGGUUGCUUGAAGAAUGUUUCCUUAAUGUCUAUGGUUGGACUUCUAAAUAAGCUUGAGACAAUUGAAAUUUCAGAAUGUCACUCUUUGGAGACUUUUGUUGGAGAAACAAAUAAUGAUAAUAAAACAGAGCCUCUUAAGUUUCUCAAACUUCGUUCUUUGACGCUGCAAUCUUUAUCCAAGUUUAUUGGGUUCUAUCCAAUUUCAUCUGAAGAAAAUACCAGAUCAUCUGAAGAAGAAGAUAGUAGAUCACUGUUUGAUGGCAAGAUUGAAUUUCCGGAGCUAGAGAGAAUUGAGUUGUCUAUGCUCCAAAUCAAACACAUAUGGAGUGAUCAAAUAUUGGCUUGUCAUACCGUUGACCAAAGAACUUCUCCUUUUCAUCAAAAGUUGACGAGACACUUUGGGAAAAAGCGCCACACUAUCAAACAAACUUAUUCUUCCUUUCAAAAUUUGAUGCACCUCGAUGUGAAUGGUUGCUGGAAUUUAGAAAGUCUAUGGUCUUUCUCGAUUGCUAGACAUUUGGUGAAUCUUCAAAGCCUUUUUGUUACUGAUUGUAAGAUGACCCACAUCUUCCCCCAAGAUCAAGGUGAUGGUGAGGCUAAAACGAAGAAGAAGGAUGCCAUUUUUCCAAACCUGAAGACCGUUAAGCUGAGUAACAUGAAGAGAUUGUGUAAUAUAUGGAAUUCUGAUGAAGCUCCUGAAAAUUCCUUUGGCAAGCUGAACACUCUGAUCAUUGAUAAUUGUGAUGAACUGGUCAAUGUAAUUCCUCAUAAUAUGGCUCGAAGAUUGUCUAGUUUAUGUUGCUUGAGGGUUACGAACUGCGCAUCAAUCAAAGUUAUAUUUGAAGAAGCUAAUGAUGAUGAUAAAAGACAAGAUGCUAUGCAUAAUAUCAAGUUGCAAGAUAUUCAUUUAGAAGCACUCCCGAAACUGGAGAGUGUAUUCAAAUGGGAAAAAGAAGUAAAAUGGAGUGAUCUCAAAUUGCAAAAGAUAUGGGUGCAUCAUUGUGGAAGGUUGGAAAAUAUAUUUUCAGUUUCUGUAGUCAAGAAUGUUAAAAUAAGCCUUGAAAGCCUUGAAAGCCUUGUGGUAUCAGAUUGCUCUCAACUCAGAGAAAUAGUGGGCAACAAGGGAGAAGACGAUGCUGUCAUCGACAAAAAUGGCCCUGUUAAAUUCAUCUUGUCUAAAUUGAGAAAAAUAGUGUGCAAGGGAGAAGAUGCUGUCAUCAACUCAAGUAGUCCUAUUCAAUUUGAGUUUCCUAAAUUGACUACUGUGAAGUUUUUUGGAUUAUCAAAAUUCAAGAGCUUCUAUUCACCAGGAUCUUAUGAAUUAAGUUGUCCAACAUUAAAAGACCUAUCUAUUAAAAGUUGUGACUUGUUGGAACUAUUUGAAGAAACCUCAUCACAUGCAGAAAUAAUGAAUGUUCUUUUUCCAGAAAAUUCUAAAACUAGAGAAGAAGAAGGAGAAAGAGAAGUAAAAGUAAAAGUAAAAGUAAAGGAGGUAAUCAAUAACAAGUUAAAGUCCAUGCACAUUGAAUCACGACAUCUACUGGGGUCAUCCAUGGACUAUGACUACAGAAGGGAUAGCUUAGAAGAGCUUCAGUUGUCUGGACUGACGGAUUCUGAUAUUAUAUAUUGUUUCCUUCAUUCCAACCCUAACCUCAAGAGCUUAUGCUUGAAUGAUUGUUUCUUUAGAGAAUUGAAGCCUGGUGGAACAAGAAGGCCCGCUAUUGGGGUUGUGCCAAAGUUGAAAAGCUUGACAUUAACAAACACGUUUCUUCCGAAGAUUUGCUUUGAACAAGAUGCAGUUCUUCAAAAGAUAGAGUCAUUGGUUAUAAACAAUUGUUUUAAGUUGCACACCAUAGCACCUUCGUCUGUGUCUCUCGCUCACUUGACAAUUCUAGAAGUGGUUGACUGUAAGGACUUAAAAUAUGUGAUGUCACCAUCAACUGCCAAAAGCUUGGGUCAACUCAAAACCAUGAAGGUAAUCAAUUGUGAAUAUUUAAAGGAAAUUGUUUUAGAGAAAACACAAGAAGGACAAGAAGAAAAAGAAAAUGUAGGCACGGAGGUUCCCAUCAUUUUCAAACAAUUGACAACUCUUGAGCUUGUGUCAUUGGAGAGCCUUAAUAGUUUCUGCAACUCCAAGAAUUGUGCCUUUAAAUUCCCAUCACUGGAGAAUUUUAUUGUGAGUGCAUGUCCCAACAUGAAAAAUUUCUCUAAAAAGAAAGUCGAGUGUGGGCCAAAUUUGCAAAAAAUAUAUUAUGUGCAUGACAAAGAGAAAAAGAGAUGGUGCUGGUACGAAGACAAUAUAGGAUCUACAAUAAGAUACAUAUUUGACAAUAAGAAAUUUUUUGAAGGCAUGAAUGAGUUGGAUUUGGAUGAGUUGAAUUUGGAUUCUGAUAAAGAUCUUCUAAUACCAAUCUGGCAAAGUAAAGAAGGUCCCCAGAAAGAUUGGUUUUCUGGUUUAAAAACUCUGACGCUAUAUCACUGGUAUGCAUCUAAUACGCAUGCAAUUCCGUCAAAUGUUCUCUGUUGUUUGAAGAGCUUACAAGAACUUCAAGUGUGGAAAUGCGAGAGCAUAGAAAGCAUUUUUGAGAUGGAUGACAUUAAGAGCAGGGGAUCAUCAUUCCAACUGAAGAAGCUAAGUUUAGGGGGACUAUCAAAACUGAAGAGUGUGUGGCAACAUGACAAAGGAGAAAUCCUUCUAGGCUUUCAAAAUCUGCAGCAGGUCACUAUCAAUGGUUGUAGUAAACUGACAAGUGUGUUUCCUACUGUCUUGGCCAGAGAUCUUAAAAAGCUCCAGGAACUUGAUGUAAGCGAUUGCGCUCAGUUGCAAGAACUUGUUGGAAAAGAUCAAGAGGAAGCAGUGGAAGGAUCACAAAAGUUUGUGUUUCCUCGUUUAACCAAACUAAAACUAUCAGAGUUGCCACAGCUAAGAGACUUAAACUCUGGAAGAUUGACUCUGGAGUGCCCCGAGUUAAAGCAGCUGGAGCUGUUUCCGAAGCAACAACAAAAAUAUCCGGAGGACGGUGUUUCCAAGGUGGAGAAGUUGUGGCUCAAUCCAAAUCACACUUGGGCGAAGCAGUUUAUGAAUAAAGGCGGCUUUCAUCACUAUUUAAAUGAACUUUUCCUUAGGUAUUACUAUGGUUACAAUGAUGAUGGAGAGAACUCUACUUCACCAUUUGAGAUACUUGCUGACAAGAUGCUUCCCAAAUUAGAGAUUAUUGAUAUAUAUGGGAACAAACAUUGCAAAACCAUCAAUAUUCCCAAAGAAACGGGUGAGAGGAUGCUUCACUUGAAAGAAUUGAAGUUGGACUCACUACGUGAGCUGAACUCCAUUAGUGGGAUAGAAUACUUGUCAAAUCUGCGGCUAUUGGAGGUUUCUUAUUGUCCAAAAUUGACAACAGUAUUAGUACUACAAUCAGGCUCCAAUCUGAAAGAAUUGCAUGUAAAGGACUGUAAUGGAUUGGAAUGUUUAUUGACAUCCUCAGCAGUAAAAAUGCUAAUACACCUUGAGGAGUUGAAAGUUGAUGGGUGUGACUCAUUGAAAGAAAUAGUGCAACAAGAAAGUGGGACGGAAGACAUUAUUGAAUUUAACCGCCUACACAGGAUAACUCUUGUAUCUCUGCAUAACCUGGAAUGCUUUUAUUCAGGGAAUGCCACACUGCAGUUCCCCUCGUUGAUUCAGCUGGACAUACUAAGCUGCCCCAAGAUGAAAAUUUUCUCGCAAACAGAAAUACAUGGGAAGCUGAAAGUAUUUUACUCCUCUUAUGAAGCUGAAAGGUGGUUCGUCCAUGAUCUAAACAUAGCUGUUGUAUGCGAGUCUCUACAACAGGAAUCUCUUGAUCUUGGCGAUCACCCAGAGCUGAAAGAUUUAUGGCUUGAUAAAGUGCAUAUUCCAGCUGAGGCCUUUUCCUCUGGUUUCAAUUUAAAAAGUCUGAUGGUGAAAGGGUGUGAUGAAUUUUUUACAACCGCAAUACUACCUUCUCAUUUACUUCCCUUUCUCAGUCGAUUACAAGAGUUGGAGGUGCGGGGAUGCAAUUCUGUUGAGGCCAUAUUUGAAAUCAAAGAUACAACAGCAGAUAUUGUUAUUCCUUUGAAGAUAUUGACUUUGCAGAAACUUCCAAAUCUAAGGCAUGUUUGGAACAAGGAUUUUGAAAGAAAGCUCAGCUUUCCAAAACUAGAGGAGGUUAUUGUUGAUGAAUGUGAAAGUAUAAAAUCGGUGUUCCCAGAAUCAGUUGGCAAGGGUAACAUACAAAGGUUAGAAGUGAAGAAUUGUGCAGAGUUAGUUGAAAUUGUUGCUGGAGAUGAUGUAGCCAAACAGGUUAGCAUCUUCUCCACGCUAUCUUCUCUGGAGCUGUGGAAUUUGCCAAAUUUGAAGUGUCCAUUACUAUCGCAUUUGCUACCUUCUCUUCAUAAAUUAGAAGAGUUGAUGGUUGGAAAAUGUGGUUCCUUGAAGACUAUAUUUGAUGUGAAAGAUGCGCCAACAAAUGAAGAAGAUACAAACAUGAUUACUGUUAUUCCUUUGAAGAAAUUGACUUUGGAGAAACUUCCAACUUUGAUCCAUGUUUGGAACAAGCAUCCUAAAGGAAAGCUCAGUCUUCCGAAAUUGGAGGAGGUUAUUGUUGAUGAAUGUGCAAGCUUAAAAUUCUUGUUCCCAGAAUCAGUUAACAUACAAAAGUUAGAAGUGAAGAAUUGUGAGAAGUUAGUUGAAAUUGUCGCAAGAGAUGAACUAAUCAAAGAAGAAGAUGUAGAUAAACAGUUUAAUAUCUUCUCCAAGCUAUCUUGUCUGAAGCUGUGGAAUUUGCCAAAUCUGAGCUACAUUUAUCAUGGAAUGGAAGACUCUGAAUUUUCAUUAUCAAAUGCAUUAUUACCAUGGCAUAUGCUACAUUCCCUUCAUAAAUUGGAAGAGUUGGUGGUUGGAAAUUGUGGUUCCUUUGAGACAAUAUUUGAUGUGAAAGAUGCUCCAAUAAAUGAUGUGGAAGAUACAGACAUAAUUUCUGUUGAGGUUAUAUUUGAAGUCAAAGAUACAAUAAUAGAUAUUCCUUUGAAGAAAUUGACUUUGGAGCAUCUGCCAACUCUAAGUCAUAUUUGGAACAAGAAUCCUAAAAGAAGUAUUCUCAACUUUCCAUGUCUGGAGGAAGUGGUUGUGAAUGGAUGUAAAAGCCUCACAAGCUUGUUGCCAGCAUCAUUGCCCAUGUCUAACAUGGAAAAGAUAGAUGUGAAAAAUUGUGAGGAAUUGGUUGAAAUUGUUAUAAAAGAUGAAGCAGACAAUGAAAAAACAAAUAAGAAGCUUAUUAUGUUCCCUAAGCUAACCUCAUUGACUCUGCACAAUUUGCCAAAUCUUACAUACAUAUAUGCUGGAAUGCACAUUCUAAAUUUGCUCGAGUUAAUAGAAUUGGAUAUUUCUCAGUGUAAAUUUGCAACAGAUUCCACUGCAAAGGUUGUUAAAUUUGUUACCCCUCACUUACAGCGAGUGUCAAUAGACAUGGAAGGUGUGAUGAUGCUUUAUUUGAGCCCCAAAAACAUAAAAUAUGUGAGAUUGCAGGGCUUUAAUGAUAUUGAUGACUUAGAUGCCGCAUUUGCCUUUAAUUUCUUCCCAAAGAAGGUGCCACUUCCCAAUAUUCAAAUGCUUGGGGUGGCCGACAGUGCUUUCAAAGAGAUAUUCCCCUUACAAAAGCCUGAGAUUAUUCGUUCACAGCUGCUUGUUCGACAAUUGGAAUUGAAGAAUCUGCACAAGCUUGAAUCCAUUGGGUUACAGCACACCUGGGUGGCCUCCUCUAAUCUCACAUGGCUGAAAGUUGAGGGUUGUGCAUCUUUGAAGUAUUUGUUCACUUCUUCAGCCGCCAAAUGUCUUGUUCAACUUAGAGGGUUACACAUAUCCAACUGUGAAGCACUCGAAAGUUUAAUGGUGGAUUAUCAACCACAUGAUGUCAUCAUAUUCGAAAGGCUUGAGAACCUGUCUCUUAGCCAUAUACCAAAACUUGAGAGCUUCUACAAAGGAAACUCAACUUUGAAUUUUCCAUCUCUAUGGAUAGUCGAGGUUACUGAAUGCAAAAGAUUGGAGUAUUUGUUCACAUUCUCAACUGCCAAAAGCUUGCAAAAAUUGUAUCAGGUGGAGAUUUCCAAAUGUGAGUCAUUGGAAACAGUAGUUUUGGCAACACAAAAAGGGGACAAAUCACAAGAAGAUCUCACAUUCUCAGACUUGGCAUAUCUGACUCUUAGUGAAUUGCCAAAACUUGAAAGUCUUUUCACCGAAAACUCAUCAACUUUGAAUUUCCCAUCUCUAACGAUAGUCAAGGUUACUAAAUGCAACAGAUUGGAGUACAUGUUCACAUUCUCAACUGCCAAAAGCUUGCAUAAAUUGGGGAAGAUGGAGAUUUCCAAAUGUGAGUCAUUGAAAACAGUAGUAUUAGCAACACAAGAGGCAGACGAGCCACAUGAGCUCACAUUCUCACACCUCUGGAAUCUGUCUCUAAGCGAAUUGCCAAAACUUGGAAGCUUUUUCACGGGAAAGUCAACUCUGGAAUUCUCAGCAUACUUAAACUUGGACAUUAAGAUCAGUCAAUGCAAGAUCAUGAAAACUUUCUCACGUGGUGACGUGGAAGCACCUCGAUUACGGAAGGUGGAGAUAGAUGGAGUGAGUUGCUGGACAAAUAAUCCAAAUGUUGCAGUCAGUCAAGAAUUUGAGAAACGAACGAAGCAGCAUUGAUGAGUUAAUUAGUACAAUCAUAAUUUAAUAUGAAAUUUGUUCCUUGCUAAGAGAAGCUUAUUUUCAAUGCAUUUGUUACCAGCAAAACUAAUAGUCUAAUCAAGGAGCAACGGACAAAUAAAUAAGGAUGGUUGGUUCUAUGGGACACCAAAUGCAGCAAUUAAGAGGAUAUAAGUGGAUCAUCAUGGCAACAAAUAUUCAUUUCUGUUUGAGUAGUGUGGUGUGGUGUGCAUGAUAUGAAUAAGUUCCCUGUAUCAUUAUGCAGGAAGAAGUGUGUGAUUGCCUUUUAAGUGGCAUAGCUAUAAACUAAGUGUGUUUUAUCAAUAAAAUUAUAUCUUGUAUUUUAUACAAUAUGUAAGGUAUGUGUGCUUUGUAAUUUAUUGAGAACACUAGUGUAUUUUUAUG